UGACAUUCGUUGGUCAUUGUUAUUCUCUUGUAAUUUUCCCUAAUUUUUUUAACCAACGAUGAAGCUGUUUUGAUAACCGUAUAUUUGUAAUUCAUUAAGUAUUAAAUUCAUGAACUAACUGUGUACUUCUGCCACAGCCGUGAUCAUGUCGGACAGAAAUCCAGGCCCUAUUCCAAGUCGAUGGUUGAAAUGUCCACGGAAAGCCACGGGUCUGUUCGCAGACCAGUUUUUAGCGUUUAAAACUCCUCUUGAUUCACGCUACAAUGAUAAAGUUCAGGAUAUAUAUCGUUUCACGCCUACUAUGCUAUUUGACAGUGUAAAAAGUUUUAAGAGAAAGCUUGGCCUCUGGAUCGACCUGACGAACACGUCCCGAUUCUAUGAUAAAGCGGAGAUAGAGAGGAGGGAUUGUAAAUAUGUUAAAAUGCAAUGUCGUGGUCACGGCGAAACACCUUCAGCGCAACAAACACAACAAUUCAUACACAUAGUAAGUAGUUUUAUGAAUCAGAAGCCAAAUGAAAUAAUUGGUGUGCACUGUACUCAUGGCUUCAAUAGAACAGGAUUCCUCAUAGUUUCUUACAUGGUGGAACAGCUGGACUUCAGCUUGGAGGCAGCUCUCUUGGAGUUUGCUAAGAAAAGAGCUCCAGGGAUUUAUAAGCAGGACUACAUAGAAGAAUUGUAUAGACGAUAUGACGAUGUUAAAGAUAUGAUAUCUGCACCUGAGAGGCCAGAUUGGUGCAAUGAAGAAGAAGAAGUUGACUAUGAUGACGAUGAUGCACCGAGUUAUUCACAGAGUGUGCCUGUACAAAGUUCCAAUGGUCAUAGCAGAAAGAAACGCCGUAUAAAGAACAAGGAGUUCAUGGCUGGUGUGAGUGGGGUGUCACUCUUUGAAGUGGAGCCCAAAGCUACAGAGGUCCAGAAGAAAGCUAAGGAGUUCUGCAAGUGGACCGGCAAGGAGUUCCCUGGAGCCCAGCCCGUUUCCAUGGACAUGCAGAAUAUAUCGUACCUGCACGACAAGCCUUAUAGAGUGUCUUGGAAGGCCGACGGCGUCAGAUACAUGAUGUUAAUCGACGGCAAAGACGAGGUGUACAUGAUAGACAGGGACAACUGCGUGUUCAAGGUGCACAACCUGCAGUUUCUACACAAUAAGGACGACAGGCAUUUGAAGAACACUUUGCUUGACGGUGAGCUAGUAAUAGACAAAGUGGACGGCGUGGAGAAGCCGCGCUAUCUAUGCUACGACAUCAUCCGCUUUGACAACAUCAACGUGGGCAAAGAGCCCUUCCACCCCGUCCGGCUGCACUGCAUAGAAAACGAGAUUAUUAAGCCUAGGCACAGGGCAAUAACGGAGGGCAGGAUAGCGAAGGAACGCGAGCCGUUCGGCGUGAUCCUGAAGGGAUUCUGGGACGUCACCAUGGCGGGGCAGCUGCUGGACGACAAGUUCGCGCGCACGCUGCACCACGAGCCCGACGGACUCAUCUUCCAGCCUUCCAAAGAGCCGUACGUGCCCGGACCUUGUGCAGACGUACUGAAGUGGAAGCCGAGCAACAUGAACAGUGUAGACUUUAAGCUGAAGAUCACUAUCGACAACAGACCGGGUAUGUUGCCAAAGAAGAUCGGUUGUUUGUACGUGGGUGGUGACACGUUCUUCGCCACGAUGCGCGUCACCAAAGCCGUGCGGGAGCUCAACAACAAGAUCGUGGAGUGCAAGUUCGAGAACAACGAGUGGGUGUUCAUGCGCGAGCGCACCGACAAGAGCUUCCCCAACAGCUACAAUACUGCCAAAUCGGUCUUCGAGAGUAUAAAGAACCCGGUGACUCAGGAGUUCCUUCUGGACUACAUCGACAAGCACAGAUUCAUGGACGACACGGACCGAAUGCCGCCGCCCGCCAAACGCGGGCGCAGAUAGGGCAUAGCUAAUUAUUUAUACUAAUUAAUUAUUUAUACAAUAAAAUGGAGAAAUGGUUCUUCAUCUUAUGAAAAAAUCCAUUUCAAUCAAUAUGGCCGGUUCACAUUGUUCCAGUCACUGGAUACUGUAAGUUCCCUUCAAUUACGCAGCUAAUAAAAGUACGGUCUAUUUUUUCAAUUAUAAUGCAAAACAUUUAAUCCGUUUUGAAAUAGUAAGGCCGGUUGACAUUAAUCCAGUGACUAAAUCCAGCAAGUUCUCAACGCUGGACUGAAAAUAGAAAUAAAUGGCAUCGUUUAAAGACUAGGCCACUAGGCUAAACUGCCGUAAUUUUAUCAGUUUUGAGUCGCUAUUUAGUCGCAGUUUCAUAUUAAAAGUACAACUAUGAAUCAAAAUGUGCCGUUUACAGUCUCAUUAAAUAACGUGAUUGAAAUGACUCUCUUUCCUGGCUCAAAAGUGAAUUCGUUUAUUUUGACGAUUUUGUAUAAAUUGUUUCGUGCAUAUUUGGGCACAAAACUUAUAAAAGUUCCCUGUGCUUAAAAUUACGGGAAUAGCCCAAUUUAUGUAGCAUUAACUCAUAACACUCGCAGACAUAUAAGUUGCACAACAUAUUAUGUAACAAUAACUCUAAUAAUUUUGUGACACUGGAUUAUCGGUCUUUAUGAUUCCAAUGCGCUGGAUUGAAGACUACUUCUGGGGUUGGAUUCAACACCUAACUUUAUUCAUUAGGUACUCUGCAACUAGAACAUCACUGGAAUAGUUCACUGGACUGAUACAUAACUGGAACAGUUCACUAGACUGGAAUAUUACUGGCAUAAUGUGAACAUGCCAUUAUGUAAGAUAGUUUAGUUGUUACCGUGAAACAAGACAGAAUUAUAAAUCAUAUGACAUCAUUACUUGUUUGGUCAAAAGUGCCUUUGUUAUCAUUUGCCUUUAUUUAUUUAUUUUAUUCUGGUGUAUAAAAUUACUGUACAAUACUCAAUAGAUACUUAUUCUUUAAACUUCUAAUUUUAUGAUUAUAAAUAUAAAGAAAUACGAAACUCGUAAAUUCAAUAUUUUGAAUCUACACAGAAUUUCUGGAUGUUCAUUCUGAUUUUCGCUUUUCAAAAGCGUUUUUUACCAAAAUGGAUAAAUUUUCCCGAUUUCGGUGAGAAUUUCGCAUUUUUCGGUAUAUGAAUAGAUGAAAAAGACACAUUUUUUAAGAAAAAAAAAUUGGAAGAUUUUUUUUAUAAAUCCAUCGUCAUCUUAUGUUGUAUGUAUGUAAUGUAUUAAUUUAUCGAUUAUUUAUAGGUUACUUACUAUACUGGUGCGUUUUCAACUUGUAUUAGACGCAUGUGCCCAGACGUAUGCCUCAUGUUCACUGGCAAUAGUGCAUGCACGCAAUACCGCACGCAUUCUCUUGCAGCCUCUCCCUUGUUUUUAAAGCACACGCAACUUUCAUCCAUAGUUAUAUUAAAAAAUACGAAAGUAUAUACAGUCCGACAAUUCUCUUUUGGCGCGUGGCCAAAAUCGGAACUAAAGCCGCCAUCUAAAGAAAUGUACUUGUUGACAGUUCGCUGUGUCGACAUAAAGCUACAACAGCGCUCUCACUCAAGUGCCAAAGCCUUCUCGGACUGUAUGUCUGUAUAGUGUAUCUAUCUGCUAGCGUUUCACGGCCCAUUUGUUUAACCGUUUUUGACGAAAGUUCGUAAUAAGAUAGCUUGUAUCCUGGAAACGGGUAUAGGCUACUUUUAAUCCAGAAAAACUUUUCCUUCCACUUAAAUUUUAAAAAAACUAAAUUAAUAGGCACUAUGCGUAGACGCAUACGCUAUUGCAUUAUUUCGGCAGGUUACAUGACGCAUACCUCUACGCCAGUUGAAAGCGUAUACCAGUAUAGUUAGACCGUAUAGCUGAUUUUUCAAUCGUCAGGCAACCUAACGGCCAAAAUUAAUAAUAAUAUAGUCCAUGGCAUGUAUUUAAACGAUCUUUUUAUUUUUGCGAAACAGUCAUCCUUUCAAAUGAUUGAUCAUUCUUUUCAAUGAUUGAACUUCUUUCUUUGAAUUUUUUUUUUUAUAUACUUUUAGGUAUAUUAAUUAGUACCUAACCCAAUAGUACCUAAGUGCUUGGCCACAAAUCUUACCUAACCUAAGAUUUUGACUCGGCAAAUGGCC